AUGAACCGCCUACGGCCAAUCGAUACGACUAACCUUACAAUCAACGCACAACUGUUCUUCAAUGAAACCAUCCUGCAAUCUCAAAUGGGAAUUGGAAUCUAUGAUGGGAAAAAUAAAGACGAUCGGUAUCAGGACGGGACGCUCUAUCUGACUUCUCACAGACUGAUCUAUGUCGACCGGUCAAAUCCACACCACCAUUCAUGCUUCCUAGAUAUCAGCCUGAUUCGACAAACCGAAUACUGGAUCGGCUUCCUCGCGAGCUCGCCGAAGAUCACGUUACUACUUGGUACUCGUCGCUCGAGCUUUAAUCACACGUCACAGGAUUCGCCCAUGACAGACGACCCGUUGAAGUGUGCAUCAGAUCCGAAUCAUAUCCUCAACCAUCCUGCCGCCUCUCAUUGGACCUGUCACGUCUGCGGAUUCUCAAAUCCACCCGAGCUUAAAUGUGGUCUUUGUGGCAUCCCAAGAGAUUUAUCGUCCUCAGCAACAAAGUCUGUUUCAAACUCCCGGCCGCCUUCUUCUCUUAGAGACUUAUCUUCGAUAUCAAGUAGUCUGAAUCAUACUCCGUCUCACACAAAAAGUUUAUCAAACCUCAGGGGAAUGGCAACCCAAGCCGAAGCGUCGAGGCCAGCUCAUGAGCUCGAGCAUAUGGAGCCAGUAAUAAACAAGGAGAUUCCAUGUCCGUCUUGUACUUUUCUCAAUCACCCUUCGAUGGCGCGCUGUGAGAUGUGCGAUUCGAUCUUGGGUACUGUUCAACUCGACAGCUUAUCCCUCAACAAUCCGUCUGAAUCCACCCCGGCAGAAAGUGAUCUCCAGCACUCUCGUGCUACCACACCUGCGCCGCCCUCAUCGUUCCCUCCGGACUCGUACAUCCGUCUAUCGUUCAGAAAAGGCGGAGACAAGACCUUCUACUUCAGUCUCAAAAAAGCCCUCCAAAGCAAAUCUUGGAACACCAAUCGACUGACACGUGGGCUCGAAUUUGCUCAGUCAUCCGCGUCACUCGAAGAAGAAAGCUCGCAAACCAUCACCCAACACGCCCAUCCCGCGUACGUCUCAAAACCGAUCGGGAUCGAUCGGAUUCUGAAAACUAUGGAUUCUCAGCAACAAGCUCACCAAACCGAAUUAACCGAAGGUCUCCAGGAUCUCCAAGCAUUGAUGGCCAAAGCAAAAGAGAUGGUCCAACUAUCCCAAUCCAUCAACGCCAAGCUGACGAGUCUCGAAGCGGUUGCAAAAACGGGCGAUGAGGCGCAGUCCCCGGACCAGAAAGCCGGCCUGAUCCGAUCCUCACUUGUCAAACUUGGCUUGCCCGCUCCAGCCGUGACGCCGGAUAUGAUCAGCAGCGACCAAGCUUACGCUAAGGAACUCGCUAAGGAGCUCGCGGGCUUGUUGACGCGCACGAUAAACGGUCAAUCGGCCAUCAUGUUUCAUGGCUUCCACGAUCUUGCCGUCGGCAUCCGACCCCUGGAUGAGAUCUGGUGCAUUUGGAAUCGAGCACGCGGGAUAUCACUUGUUUCGCCGGCCGAGAUGAUUUCGGCUUGCCAGCAUCUACCAGAAUACACGGUCCCCGAGAUCAGACUGCGGACGUUCAAAUCCGGCCUGCGGGUCUUACAUACGCCGUAUUUUAGUGUGCAGGAGUUCGAGCAUCGGUUGCUGAGGAAGCUAAGGAGCAGCACGAGGGAAGAUGGAGAAGAGCGGGAAGGGGCAGAAGACGCCGGAAGUGGUUCUGCUCCGAAUGCGCGGGAUCCUUUGAAUAGGACGGCGCAGCUCAUGAAGAUGUCAACCUUGGAAAUCGCACAGGCGGAACGACUGAGUGUCAACCUGACCAACGAAUUGAUCGAGUCGAUCGAGCAGACCCCGUCUCCUCGAAGCGAUCCUCACCCUCUCAACCCUGCUGGCGACUCUCGUGAUCACUCGCCACUCGUCAGAGAUUUCGACCCGUUGACUGGACUCACGUUCUGGUUCGAAAAUCGCAUCUCGGAUUAUCUCUGGGAUGAUCCCCAGUCCUCUUGA